AAUGUGUCAAAAAGUGAAUUGUGUGGUAUAAGUAGUGAUGGUGGGAUGUUUUUGAAUAUGAAACUAUAUAAUAAAAUAGAUAAAAGAGAUGUUAUUGCAGUAGAUGGUGGUUAUUCUCUAUUUAUCAAACAGUUUGAAGAUUUAUGUAAAAAUAAAAAUAUAUUAUUAAACGAUGAUAAUUUCUUUUAUCCUAUUAGAAAAGAACCAGAUAUAGAUAUGAACGUACAAGAAAAGCAUUUCAAUGAUGUGUUUGGAAGCUUUAGGUCUAUAAUAGAAAAUCAUGAUGAAGCUGUCGACUUUCCACAAUAUAAUAAUAUAAAUAAAAAGAAAAGAAAGAAA